UGAGUUCGCUGUCGAGCGUCGGUGACUCGCUAUCAAGUUGACACUUUAAAGUGUUAAAAAAGAAAGAGAGAAAAAAUGAAUAAACGAUUGACAGAACGAGAAAGAUAGCGCAUAGGGAAAACAACCCUCAAAUUUAUAGAAGAGAAGGGAACGAAAAAAGAAAAAGAAAAACACAGAGUUGAAUAAUAUCAAGAAAUGGGAGAUUCAAGUGACUCAGUCUCCAUUGAUAUGGAGACGCCUUCUCUUAGUGGAAAGGAGUAUGUCAUCGAAACUUGCUAUGGUCAUGUGUCUGUUUCUGUACAUGGAGACCAAGACAAACCAGCUCUUGUUACUUAUCCUGAUUUAGCUCUAAAUCAUAUCUCGUCUUUUCAAGGAUUAUUAUUUUGUCCUGAAGCAUGCUCGUUGCUUCUUCACAACUUUUGCAUAUAUCAUAUCAGUCCUCCUGGGCAUGAGUUAGGAGCUGCAACAAUUAGCCCCGAUGACCCUUUGCUUUCUGUUGAUGACUUGGCAGACCAAAUUGCUGAGGUUCUUAACUAUUUUGGACUUGAUGCAGUGAUGUGUAUGGGGGUUACAGCUGGAGCUUACAUUCUUACUCUAUUUGCUAUGAAAUACAGGCAACGCGUCCUUGGCUUGAUACUUAUUUCUCCUCUAUGCAAUGCACCCUCUUGGACAGAAUGGCUGUAUAAUAAGGUCUUGUCUAAUUUACUAUACUAUUAUGGAAUGUGUGGAGUUGUGAAGGAAUUAUUGCUUAAGCGGUAUUUCAGCAAGGAAGCUCUUGGUAGUGCUCAAGUACCAGAAUCAGAUGCAGUCCAGGCCUGCAAAAGAUUGCUGGAUGAAAGGCAGGGUUUAAAUGUAUGGCGAUUUCUUGAAGCAAUAAAUGGGAGACAAGACAUUAGUAAUGGAUUGAGAAAACUACUUUGUUGCUCACUAAUAUUUGUUGGCGAGAACUCUCCGUUUCAUUUUGAGUCUCUUGACAUGACCUCAGAACUAGACAGAAGAUAUAGUGCCUUAGUAGAGGUUCAGGCAUGUGGGUCAAUGGUGACAGAGGAGCAGCCCCAUGCCAUGUUAAUACCAAUGGAGUGCUUUCUCACAGGAUACGGUAUGUACAGGCCGCCAAAGUUAAGUGUUAGUCCAAGAAGUACUUUGAGUCCAAUUUGCAUUUCCCCAGAGCUCCUCUCACCGGAAAGCAUGGGCUUGAAGUUAAAACCGAUAAAAACACGAAUAUCUCUAGAAGUCUAAAGGAUAUGGAUGGUUGGGGAGAAUGCUUUUUGUAAUCUUAUUUAUUGGAGGAGUUUGUAAUUUCUUUGAUUGGUUGGGACAUUAUUGGAGGAUUAGAAGAUUGUACAUGGAAGGAAAGGAGGAAAAGAUACAAGGGAAAAAUAUUUAGAAAGAAAGCAGAUGUUGCCAUUCAUGUUGCCAUUCUUUUAUUUGUAAUCAUAGACUUCAGUCCAGGUUGAGAGUGGGUUCAGUUGUAAAUCCUUGAUUUUAUUCUAAGCAAAUAAUGACGGUGACAAUAAAGGGUGGGCGUUGAACUUGUGUUUUCACAGGUUUUAUAGUACAUAUAUAUUUUUUCU